CAAUUUUUCUUUUUCUAAAACUUGAAAGUAAUGAUUUUUCAUCUACCUUUUAUUUAUUGCAAAUCACACCGCACUACAUCGAGGAGAAACGCACUCCCAGAGCCAGUCGUACAGUCAAUGGCAAUGAUGGCGCAAGUAUAUGAGGCUUAUGAGCUGUUGACGGAGGUGAAUGGGAUGAAAGAUCAACCAAAAAUGAUGUUAAUGUGAAUGUGAAGGAAGAAAUCAAGACGGAAGAUGAAUCUGAAAUGUCGUCGGAUGGCCCAUCCCUGGUCCACACUACCAACCUAAGCUUCACCGUCAUCCUUCCCCCCUACCAUGGUGAAGAAAUGGUUAAAAUGAUAAUGCCAAAGCGCUUCGUGGAAAAAACGGGGAUUGCAAUGAAGAGAUAUAUACCCCUAAAGGAUGAGACGGGAAGGACAUGGCGGAUCGAAAUACAUAAGAAACAUGGCGAGUUUCUAAUGCAUGGGGAAUGGGCGGAUUUUUAUGCAGCCAACAGGCUAGCCAAGGGGUAUGUUUGUAGGUUUGAGCUUGUCGCCGGAAGUGGGGAUGAUCAACUCCUUCAGUUUCAUGUGAAGAAAAAAACACGAGGAAGACCUGGGGGCCGCAAGAUGAAGACUCGUAGUAGUUGCCAAGGCCUCGCUGCACCCAAAAUGCACCAUGGCACUACGCCUGUGGGGAUUAGUGAUGCCGACAACGUGCGACGAUAACAGGAGCAAGGGGUGAUGAAAGUGGCAUAUCCUGGCGGCGGCAAACGGUCAGUCAACAACUCCUAUUUUGGGUAUUUUAUGUUUUCACUUCUAUUUUGGAUUUUAAUCAAUGUUUUACUCCUAU